GGGACAGCAAUCUUGCCAGCGCAUAUGCUGAUCGUACAACUAUACUACUGCAUGCUUGCAAGCAGGUCUGUUGCCAGUUGUGUACACAUGGAUGUCGUCGAAAUGCGCGGGCGGGGUGGAUGAUUUGGAGCCAAUUUUCUUCUUUAUCAAGGCAGGGUCGAAAGGAACGACUGGUCCGUGUGGAGGGGAUUAAUAUCAAUCGAUCUGAAGAGGUACCUGUAGUGGUGGAAUUAAACAAGACUAGGAUCUAAUCUAACAGAGACACUAUGGAGUUGGCUCAUACAAAAACUAUAGCGGAAACGCUUCAGUUUUUCAAUGUCAAGGAAUCUCAGGGAUUGUCACAAACACAAGUCAAGGCUGCCCAGGAAAAAUACGGCCCAAACGAGCUGCCUGCAGAAGAGAGGAAAGCUCUUUGGCAACUCGUUCUAGAACAGUUUGACGAUCUUUUGGUUAAAAUUCUACUUCUAGCAGCUGUGAUUUCGUUUAUACUAGCCAUUUUUGAGGAGGACGAAGACGAGAAAGUCACAGCGUUUGUAGAACCUUUUGUCAUUCUUCUGAUCCUGAUAGCUAAUGCAAUAGUCGGAGUAUGGCAGGAGAGGAACGCGGAGAGCGCCAUCGAAGCAUUGAAGGAAUACGAGCCCGAGAUAGCCAAGGUGAUCCGCAUGGACAAGUCCGGCGUGCAGAGAAUACGCGCCCGGGACCUGGUGCCCGGCGAUGUCGUAGAAGUUUCAGUUGGUGACAAAAUUCCUGCUGACAUUCGGAUAUCCACAAUCAAGUCCACUACGUUACGUGUGGAUCAGGCUCUUCUCACAGGUGAAAGCGUCAGCGUGAUGAAGCACACGGACACCAUCCCCGACACCAGGGCCGUCAACCAGGACAAGAAGAACCUGCUGUUCUCGGGAACAAACAUCGCCUCUGGCAAGUGCACUGGCGUUGUGGUGGGAACAGGUCUGAGCACAGAGAUAGGCAAGAUUCGGACGGAGAUGGUUGAGACCGAGACCGAGCGCACCCCGCUGCAGCAGAAGCUGGAUGAGUUUGGCGAGCAGCUGUCCAAGGUCAUCUCCAUCAUCUGUGUGGCUGUCUGGGCCAUCAACAUUGGUCACUUCUCCGACCCCUCCCAUGGUGGGUCCUGGGUGCGCGGCGCCAUCUAUUACUUCAAGAUCGCCGUGGCCCUAGCUGUGGCUGCCAUCCCAGAAGGCCUGCCUACAGUCAUCACGACGUGCCUGGCCCUGGGUACUCGUCGCAUGGCGAAGAAGAAUGCCAUUGUCAGAAGCCUGCCCUCUGUUGAAACCCUUGGAUGUACGUCAGUCAUCUGCUCCGACAAGACAGGAACUCUCACCACCAACCAGAUGUCUGUCAGCAGACUGUUUGUCAUGGACAAGAUCCUUGGUGAGAAGUCCAGCUUCCAUGAAUUUGAGGUCAGCGGGGUCACCUACGAACCCAAGGGCGAGGUACACAUGAAUGGUAGCAAGGCCAACCUGGCCAACUAUGAAGCCCUUCAAGAGCUGGCUACCAUAUGUGCCCUGUGCAACGAGUCCAGCAUUGAUUACAAUGAGGCUAAGAAUGUCUAUGAGAAGGUGGGUGAGGCCACGGAGACGGCACUGACGGUCCUGGUGGAGAAGAUGAACAUCUUCAACACUGACCUGGCCGGCCUGGAUAAGCACCGGCUGUCCAACGCCUGCAACCUGGCCAUCACCUCCCAGUACAAGAAGGAGUUCACGCUGGAGUUCAGCCGCGAUCGCAAGUCCAUGAGCUGCUAUUGCACGCCGACCAAGAUCACCAGGUCGGCUGGCGGCAACAAGAUGUUUGUCAAGGGAGCUCCAGAGAGCAUCUUAGAUCGAUGCACCCACUUACGCAUCGGCAUGAACAAGGUGCCCCUCACCCCAAUCGCCAAGCAACAGAUUAUCGAGAAGAUCACUGAAUAUGGAACAGGCCGUGACACUCUGCGUUGCCUUGGUCUGGCCACCGUGGACAACCCACCCAGGAAGGAGGACAUGGACCUGGAAAAUGCCAACAACUUCAUCAAGUAUGAGACCAACAUGACCUUUGUGGGCUGCGUGGGCAUGCUGGACCCACCCCGCAAGGAGGUCAUCCACUCGGUCGAGGCCUGCAAUGAGGCCGGCAUCCGGGUCAUCGUCAUCACGGGUGACAACAAGAACACGGCGGAGGCCAUCUGCCGGAGGAUUGGGGUAUUCACUGAGACCGAGAGCACGGCCGGCUUGUCGUACUCUGGCCGGGAGUUUGAUGACCUAACCCCAGAGGCCCAGAGCCAAGCCUGCCGGGAAGCCAGGCUCUUCUCUCGAGUUGAACCAGCUCACAAGAGCAAGAUCGUUGAGUACCUGCAAGCACAGGGCGAAAUCUCUGCCAUGACUGGUGAUGGUGUUAACGAUGCCCCUGCACUAAAGAAAGCUGAGAUUGGCAUUGCCAUGGGCUCUGGUACAGCAGUGGCCAAGAGUGCUUCAGAGAUGGUGUUGGCCGACGAUAACUUCUCCACCAUCGUGACGGCUGUGGAAGAGGGUCGUGCCAUCUACAACAACAUGAAGCAGUUUAUCCGUUACCUCAUCUCCUCAAAUAUCGGCGAAGUGGUCAGCAUCUUCUUGACGGCCGCCUUGGGCAUGCCUGAGGCUCUGAUCCCGGUCCAACUCCUCUGGGUCAACCUGGUGACGGACGGCUUGCCGGCCACUGCCCUCAGCUUCAACUCCCCAGACAUUGACAUCAUGGAGAAGCCACCUCGCAAGGCCAACGAGCCCCUUAUCAGCGGCUUGCUGUUCUUUAGAUACAUGGCCAUUGGAGUUUACGUUGGUGCUGCAACAGUCGGUGCGUCUGCCUGGUGGUUCAUGUACCACAAAAAUGGUCCUGGCUUGUCCUUCUGGCAGCUGACCCAUCACAUGCAGUGCCCCUUGGAGCCGGAAAAUUUCAAGGGCUUGGACUGCGAGAUCUUCGACGACCCUCACCACAUGACGAUGGCCCUGUCCGUGCUAGUCACCAUUGAAAUGCUGAAUGCGCUAAACAGUUUGAGUGAGAACCAGUCACUUCUGGUCAUGCCGCCCUGGUCCAACAUUUGGCUGAUCGGAGCCAUCAUCUUGUCCAUGGGUCUUCACUUUGUCAUCCUCUACGUUGACAUCAUGUCUACUGUAUUCCAGAUCACGCCCCUGGACUUCACCGAGUGGAUGGCUGUCUUGAAAAUCUCCUUCCCUGUCAUCCUGCUUGACGAGAUGUUGAAGUUUGUGGCCCGCCGCACCAAUGACGCACCGGCGCUGCACAGUAAGACCGACUGAUCGCUGACGACGAUCGCUGACCGAACCGUGGAUACAAGAUACCGUGCACCAGAGGGAGCUCGUACAACUCACCAUGCACUUGAGGGAGCUGGCAUCAUUACGCAUGAACUGAACACGUGGUCAAAACCAAGCCGAAACGUGAGAGUUGACCGCGAACCAGCUAAUUUCACUGGUAUUUUGCUAUCCAUAACGAGUUCAUCAUUGGAUGACAUCACCAUGACGUCAGCCAGUGGUCACACAAGGUGCCUUUUUGAUCCAGGAGAAUUCACUUUUUCCGUAGCCUUCGGGAAAUCAAUAUUAGGUGUUUGGGUUGGUAAUUAUAAUACAGAUGCUCGUUUUCUUUUAAAAAAAAUCACUUUUGUAUGUUGACAAGAAAUUUAGUGUGUGGUUCGGGAACAUGUGGGUAUUUUUUAAACAGUGUACAAAGCCCAUCAUUAACACCAACAUAGGGUUUAAUGGACUUAUCACGAGUGGGUAGGUGCUAUGGUAUUUUGUAGUUGAGUGAGUACUAACGUUGUUCAAAAAUGGAAUUUGUACGCUAGUGCUAUUUUUGCCUCUGAGGAACAGUAUCAAAUGGUUUCUUUUUUUCGCGUUAAUUUUUGGUUAAACUUUACAUCGAAAAGCUGGCAUCCAUUUUCAGCCAUUAUGCUGAUUGAAACCUAACGUGGUGGCAGCAUUCGUGUCCAUUGUUCAUCGAAGUCCAUAUGACCGGGAAAGACAACGAUAGGUAGUGAAUUCGUAACCACCAUGCAGAAAUCAUCUGUACGCGUUGGAAAUACAUUGAGAAAAGUGGUCAGCAGCGACUCUGCAACCAGUCUUGAUCAUAAUCGCAGCACCGAUUCUCAUGCUCUCCAAAACCAUCGUGAUAACAAAGGAAGUGAGAAAUUUAAUUCCAAGCAGACGUCUUAAACAAAUAUCCUCGGCAAGCCGCUGCCUUGACUAGUAAAGUCGUCAUAUUCCUUUUUACGUACUUCGUUUUAUGUCCCACGAAAUUGUCAAAGUAAUUCGGCUGACCAGUUUGUUUAUACCAAUAUGUGUGUAAAUUUGUGUUUUUCGUAUCAAACGGCGAAAGCUUGUUUUUGAUAUAAUUUGACUUGUCAAAUCGCCUUAUUACUUAAUUUGUUGGAAUAAACCCCUUUUCAUACGAGUUAAACCAGCAGAACCACUUAACAUCAUUUGCGUUUUAGAGGCCCUGCGAUAUUUUAACAAAGGCCUGCAUAAAUUGUUUAUGUAUAUAAUGUACAUAAACGUAAAGGCUAUUUAAGGAAGUGUGAUAAAUUCCUGCUUCAUUUCAGGAACAGUAACGUGUUGUUUGAAAAUUGAAGAUUUUUUAAUUUAAGAAAUUUCUACCUCCCCCCGAUCGACAUAGCGCGCUACUACAGAGUGUUUAUUUAUUGAUAGUGUUUUUUUUUGGUUUUAGAUAGUCUUGCAGUCUUGUUCAGUUAAUUUUUAUUGUCUGUUUAAAAAGCACAAACAUGACCAAAUUACACAGUAAAUUCUCGCCAGAGGAGUUGGCAGAGGAGUUGAAACGCCAUAGAAACCGUGGCAUUUACUUUACACCUUGUAAUAUCCGCAUGAAACCACCCUAUGCGCAGUGUUCACAUAACACCAACACUCGCCUGUCUCUGUUGAUAGUUUGUGCUAAGUUUGAAAGAGGAAAACGUGGUAAGCCAUUUCAUGCCUUCAACAAAGUCUUUUGUUGGAUCGACUGUAAACGAUAGAUUUGAUUCAGGAAAUCGACAUAAUUAUUUCCUUCUUGUUUGAAUGUCUCAGUCUCAUGAUUAAGUUCCAUUUAAACCUAGUCGCACGUUCGUGGUUUAACGGUUUUCAUCUAAGUGGUAUUGGCAGUGUUUUAGCCUAUGCUAUUCCAUUGAAAAACAUACGUUUGUUGCACCUUCGCGUAGAAAUUUCACGAAAUUUUGUUUGGAAUUACUGAAUUUGUGUAAAGUGUUCAAUAUAAUUUUCUGUAUUAGUGUCAUUUGAUGGACUUGCGAUUUAUGAAGUAUAGUUUUGUUGUAAUUUUUGUACAUAUUAAUUUCACGGCCUUGAUUGCUACGGUUACAGACCAAAGGUGGGUGUCCAUUGGUUUUUCGGAAGAAUAUGUGGUUGCCAAGGCCAGUUUUGUUUUAAAAAUUACUUAACAGGUUUUGCGCAUUCCCAGACUACAAUUUUCUAAGUUUUAAUACUGCUACCAAGGGGACUCAGGCACUCAAUCGCACAUCGCGGGCGCUUCCAAGAUAGCUGAAGUUUGGCCCUACUUUCUCAGACGUCAAAUUGCAUACACUCUUACUUGAGUCAUGCAAACCUCUUCUAAUUUGUUGGUAUCCAUCCGCGCUUCUGGCUUACCUUACACGCCUUAGCUUCUGGACUAUGCAAAAAUUCCCCCGCUGUAUUCAUUUUUGAUUUGAUAACGCUGUUUAACACACGAUUUUCGAUUGGACACGUGUACCCUCGGGUCGAUUCAUUUUAAGCUGGGGAUGACAUGGCCCACAUUUUACGAAAUGUUUCAUUUAUCACAUUUUAAUGUUUUCAUCUUGUUUUUUCUUUUUCCUGGCCACAUCAGGGAGGUGUAUUUGGUUUGUACAUAGUAGUGGUUGUUUAUUUCGUUCACCGUAGGCCUAUACAUGGUCUUUUAUUUUAGCGAUUUGUUGGGGCAGAGUGAUAUUUGAAUGUGGAUUGUUAAUCUUAGUGCCAGAGACAAAUCACUUCGACACUGGUACUGCGUAGCAUUUCCUUCUAGCACGCGGCCAUGAUCGAGGUUGACUGUAAUUGAGUUGUAAAAUAAUCUUUUGUAAUAAUUAUAAUAUAAUGCUUGAUUAUGGAAAGUAUAGAAUUUCACAAUGUAGUUUGUUUGGUAGUUUGCCAGAUCAUGCGCCCAUUCUCGUUAAAUGCUGAGCAGAAUUGGCGGUCCGUGUACACAGGGCGCACAGUCUCUCCAUUGCACGUGCAUAUAUAUCUCUACACAAUGCAGCCGUAUUUACUAUCGGGUUUGAUGCAUGCGUGGUGUAUUCUGUACACAGUGCACAUCUUGGUUAGUCCCCUGACCGGAAGCUGAAUGUGCAACUUAAUGUCGUCAGUGCUGUUUAUGUUUAUGUCUGUUCGGCAAAUUACUCCCACUCAGCAAUACAAACGUGUGUACAUGUAUUAGGUUGUUCUUUGUUAGCUUGUUUUAAUAACUGGUAUUGUUGCUGAGAGCGCACAAGUUUAUAAAAGCAGAGGAUUCCACCCACGAUGCUCAUCGCUUUUGCGUUGUUGUGAGAUGAUGUUGACUAAGCAUCAUUUCCGCUUAUUCACCUAUCGACAUCAGCCAUCGAUACCGGAUAAGAAGUACGCCGCGCUAAGGACCAGUUUUGGCGUUUUGAGAGAACACGACACAGUGAGUUGCACAGCUCACAUUCUCGCUUGUCAUACUGUUGUGCUUACGCGCGACUAGUUAAUAUUGCAUUUUACCUAACAUUUCCUGUUUGUACCGAAAUAUUAGGUGAGCCCGGUGCAUCAGUUGCCGAGGUAUUAACGUCCGAUUAGGCUUUCUUCUACUGAGCCUUGUCGAGUUUGUAGCGCUUUUUCGGUAAACAGUUUAGUCAUUCUCAAAAUCUUUAGAAAGGCUUGUUGAAACGGCGUGUUAUGAUAUACAUCUUGAAGUAUGCAUUGGAUGGUUUCGUACAACAGUUUGUGAAUUGACUGAAUAAAUUAUUACCAGUUAAGGGUAUAAUUUUUACCGCAA